UGAGUCCACUUUUUUAUUAGUUAGACAAUAAGAAGUAUAAUUAUGUGAGAAAACAUUAAUAAAACUUUUACAACUUUCCAUUUUCACUCUUUCCCUUCGUUUAUAUAAGACCCUUCCUUCCCAUCUCUCUCAAACACCCAGUCUUCCAUUCAAAACGUUUCUCUUCUAUUCUCUUUCUCACUUACUAGAUCUUCUAUUAAAAAUCCCACAAAGAAGCCAUGGCUAAGGGAGGCAAUAAGCUCACAAAGCUCAAAUCAGUCUUGAAAAAAAUGCAAUCUUUCAAGAUAGGUCGAUCUUCAACAAUUCUUGCUCUGGAUGAUUCACAUUCCUAUGAAGACCAACACACAGUCCACGUUGGUAAAUCACGCCGACAUUACCUCGUUAGCUCCGACGUUGUCUGUCAUCCACUUUUCUUUGAACUUGCUGAAAGAUCAGGUGAUUCAAUUGCAGUUGGAUGUGAAGUUGUUCUUUUCGAAUACUUGCUUUGGAUGUUCGAUAAUGCUGAUCCACAACCCGAGUCAUUGGAUGAGCUCGUCGAGUUUUACUCUUGCUGAACUAUUUUUGCAUUGCGGGAUUUUUCAUCAUGUGGUAUAUACGAUACAGUUGUAAAUUUCUUUCCAAAGUUAUGGAGUUUUAUAAACUUAGAGCUAUUAGGUAAGAUGAUGAUGCAUAUGUACAGAAAAUUUAGAGAAGGCCAUGUAUAAGGCAGAGCCGGGCAGUGACAGUUCAUUUCCGUUACUGGCUGGGCGACGAGGAAUUAAUUAACCCAUUCGUAAUUGGUGGAUAGA